AUGGUGGGUUCUCCGCCUUCGUCUUCUUCCUCUGGCCGGUGGGCUCCUCCUUACGGCUGAGGCUGACAGGAGUUUUCUCUCCCUUCACCUUUCCCUCUCUCUCUCUCUCUCUUCACCUUGCUCUCUCUCUAUCUUUCUCUUCUGCAGGCGAUAUGGAAGCCGGCGUGGCUAGAUGCGCUGGAGAAGCAGAGUUUCUUUGUGAGCUGCCCGGCGCACGCGGCGGCAAAGAAGAACGAGAAGAACGUGUGCUGCCUGGACUGUUGCACCAGCCUGUGCCCUCACUGCCUUCCUUCCCACCGUUUCCACCGGCUGGUGCAAGUUCGCCGCUACGUCUACCACGAGGUCGUACGGCUCGAGGACCUCGAGAAGCUCAUAGACUGCUCCAAUGUUCAGGUCUCUCUCUCUCUCUCUCUCUAGUUGUGUGCCACAAACGGCAGGUUCUUGGAGGUGAUCCAACCUUUUAUAUUUUAUACUCCAUAGCCAUACACCAUCAAUAGCUCCAAGGUUGUGUUUAUCAAGAAGCGGCCGCAAAGUAGGCAGUUCAAGGGGUCCGGGAACUUCUGCUCCUCCUGCGACAGAUGCCUUCAAGAACCCUAUCUCCACUGCUCUCUGGGAUGCAAAGUGAGUCUGGAAUUCUUCAGCUUUUCGCGACUCUCCCUCUCUCUCUCUCUCUCUCCCCCCUCUCUUUCUCUCUCCCUCUAUCUAUAUUUUUUAAUUCAAGUCUUGUUUAUCUUCGAUACUUCUUCUUCUUCUUCACCAUUCUGUAGAAACCUUCUCCUUCCUCCUCUUUAAGUAACCUUCGCCGGGUUUUCCUCUUCAUUCUCUUCUUUCUUCCUCUUUACGCUCUAUAAAAGUUUCAUCUUCCGCCUCAACAAGCCGCCGUUUUCUUCGUCUACAUACGACCUUCUUCUUUCUCGUCUGUAUCCCUCCUUCUUCAUCAUCCUCUUCUUUCUCCUCGCCUGAUAGUCUUCUUCUUCUUCGUGAUCUCCAUCCUAUUCUUCUUCCUCUCCCUCCUCUGCAACUCAUUGUCAAUAUCAUCACCUUCUUCUUCUUACCGUCAACUCGGUCGCCUUCUUUCUCCCAGGUGGACUUCGUGCUGAGACAGAAUAAGGACCUCUCGCCAUACUUGAGGACCUGCGACUCUCUGCAGCUCUGCCCAGAUGACGACACCAACCACUCCACCGUGGUCGACACCGAUGAGCCCACCGCCACCUCGGACUCGGACAACCUCAGCUACUCGCCGCCGUGCGCCGCCGAGUCUUUCCGCCGGAAGAGAACCACCUUCUACGCCUGCGCCAGGUCCGCCGGGGGCGGCGCCGCCUCCGACGCGGCGGCGAGCGGCAACAGAAGGAAGAGCACUCCCCACAGAUCCCCUCUCUGUUGA